CUCCCGAGUCUGCCGGGGCCGCACCGGGGGAGGCUGAGCCCAUAGGCGGGGGGCUGCGCAGAAUUGUCUUUGUGCAGAAUGUCAUCAGAUGAGGAGAAAAGCUCAAGUCCAGUUUUGCCAAAAGACUCAGAUCGAGGCAGUUCUGUCUCUUCAGAUCUUCAGGAUGAAUAUGAAGAGCUGCUUCGUUAUGCUGUAGUGACUCCAAAGUUUGAACCGUGUGUCCUGAGGCAGUCUGAGCCUGCUGCAGAACUGACAGCACAUGACAGAUUUUCAAGUUUAAUGGAUGAAGUCAUCAAUCACCCUAAGACUCCAGAUUUUGAACUUGAGGGCAGUUGGAAUUGCAGCUCUUACAUAUCGUACAGAACACAGCCUUGUUUGAGGGUUUUUACACCGGUAAAGGGACCUUCUCAGGCAGACAUGGAAGGACUUUGCCCUGUUCGUUCGGGAGAGACUUCUUCACAAGGGUCCUCAUCUGGUCCAAGAGAGAUUGAUGAGACUAUAGUGACUGAGUUAAGUGUUUCAGAUGAAAAAGUGACCCAGAUAGAAAGCAUACUUGAUCUCUGGAGUGGAAGUCUUAAGACAAAUGUUCUGACUGAACUCAGAAAAUGGAAAAUGACUUUUAUUGAACAUCACAAGCUGGAAAUGAGACAAGAGAAAGAGAAACAUGCUGCACAUGUGAGACAGCUGAACAAUCAGAUGGAGAACCUGAGAGAGCUGCUACAUACUUACGAAAUCUCCAUUGGCAGAAAGGAUGAGGUAAUCACUAACUUGUCCCAUGCGAUAGACAAGCAAAAGGAGAGGAUAGAGCUAAUGAAAAAAUUUACACGGUGGCGGAUUCAGCACGUGGAGGCCAGACAAGAGGCAUAUGCAAAUAGACUGGCGGACAGACAGUUCCAGAUAGCUUUGAUGAAGAGGGUUUGGGCAGCUUGGCGCUCUCUUAGUGAAGCAAGAUGGAAAGAGAAAGUAGCAAAAGCCUGUCAGUUAAGGGCUGAGGAAGUCUGUGUUCAGCUUUCCAAGGAUUAUGAAGCUAAAAUUGCGGAGUUAAAUGUUGCCCUGGAAGAGGCAAAAGCUGAUAUCCUGAGACUGCAUAGUGAAAGGGAACAGUAUGAAGGCACCAUGAAAAAAGCCUUUAUGCGUGGUGUGUGUGCACUGAAUCUAGAAGCAAUGACCAUGUUUCAGGGCAAAGAAAGUAGGACAGACCAUGAUCCAGUAAAUAGGAGAGAAGAUCCUGGAACUAAUGCCACUGGAAGGCUCCCUCCUUCCCAAUUUGAUCCUCCGUCACCACCACCUCCAGCAGCAGCCACUGUUCCACAAGAGGAAAUUUUUUCAUCCCAUCUGGGCCACGCAAGUACUUCUCAGACCAGAUUAGAAUCAAAUUCUCCAGUAAUAGUCGCUAGUGCAGCUGUAGGAUCUGGCAUUACAUCAGCUCAAAAACUGCCUAUGGCAAGAGUAGUGACAUCUGCUCAGCAGAAGGCAGGAAGAACAAUCACUGCUCGAAUCACAGGCCGAUCUGAUUUGGGACAAAAGAACAGAAUUUGUAGUAGUUUAGCUGUAAUGGGAGUCUCACCACCCAUGAGUUCAGUCAUUGUAGAAAAGCAUCAUCCAGUCACUCAACAAACUAUAUCCCAAGCCACUGCUGCUAAAUACCCUCGAACUGUGCACCAUGCUUCUAGUGCCACCAGUGUGAGACCUCCUGGACACGGUGGACGAACACCUCAUAGCCAGUCUCAUACUAACAUUCAGUCAAUAAAAGUUGUGGACUAAGGAAUAUUUUGAAAUGCUUGAAUUUUUCCUUCCAGGUGGAGAGUUUUACCAAGUUGCAGAGUAAAGCUCUUCCCAAUGUUUCCAGACUGAUGUAGCAAGGCUCAAGGAUACAUCAUGUUUUUACCUUUUAAAAAUCAAAUUGUAGACCUACUCAAAUGUUGUGAGGGGCGGGAAAAAUAGCAAUUUGACUUUACAAUGUAGUUCUCUGUAAGUGCAAGCUAUGUCUAUUUGAGAAAACCUAUUUUAUUACAUGUAUACUUUAUUUAAGGAAGCUGUUGAAUACGGUUUUUAAUAAAGGAUCAAAAUAGA